GCCAGGCCUGGGCGGAGCGCGGAGAGCUGGGUGCAAGGGAAGCGGCGCCGGAGCACCGGGUUGGUCGGGCCGGAGUGGGCCUGAGGAGGACGUGAGCAAGGUCGGAGCAAGAUGGCGGUGCAGGUGGUGCAGGCGGUGCAGGCGGUUCAUCUGGAAUCUGACGCUUUCCUAGUUUGUCUCAACCAUGCGCUGAGCACAGAAAAGGAGGAGGUGAUGGGGCUGUGUAUAGGGGAGUUGAAUGAUGACACAAGGAGUGACUCCAAAUUUGCAUAUACUGGAACUGAAAUGCGCACAGUUGCUGAAAAGGUUGACACCGUCAGAAUUGUUCACAUUCAUUCUGUCAUCAUCCUCCGACGUUCUGAUAAGAGGAAGGACCGAGUAGAAAUUUCUCCAGAGCAGCUGUCUGCAGCCUCAACAGAGGCAGAGAGGUUGGCUGAAAUAACAGGUCGACCCAUGAGAGUUGUGGGCUGGUAUCAUUCCCACCCUCAUAUAACUGUUUGGCCUUCACAUGUUGAUGUUCGCACACAAGCCAUGUACCAGAUGAUGGAUCAAGGCUUUGUGGGUCUUAUUUUUUCCUGUUUCAUAGAAGAUAAAAACACAAAGACUGGCCGGGUACUGUACACUUGCUUCCAAUCCAUACAGGCCCAAAAGAGCUCAGAGUAUGAGAGAAUUGAAAUUCCAAUCCAUAUUGUGCCUCAUGUCACCAUUGGGAAAGUGUGUCUUGAAUCAGCAGUGGAGCUUCCCAAGAUCCUGUGCCAGGAGGAACAAGAUGCAUAUCGGAGGAUUCACAGCCUUACACAUCUGGACUCAGUAACCAAGAUCCAUAAUGGCUCAGUGUUCACCAAGAAUCUGUGCAGUCAGAUGUCGGCAGUCAGCGGACCUCUCCUGCAGUGGUUGGAAGACAGACUGGAGCAAAACCAACAGCAUUUGCAGGAGUUACAACAAGAAAAGGAAGAACUUCUGCAAGAACUCUCUUCGCUAGACUGAAGCAGCUGACAAAAUAGGGUAUUUUUAAAAAUUUGUAUACUAAAUAUGGCUCAAAACUGCAUAUAAUGCGGGUAGGCAGACAGUAGGGCAGUACUUUUAUAUUGCUUUAUAUAUGCACAAACACAAGAUGCUCUUCCUGAAAAUUGCUCAAGAGCUUAUUGAACCCUUCUACUGUACCUAUACGUGGUCUACAAACAGCAUAUACUGGAUGGUUUAUGUAGUAUAUGAAAUUUAUUUUUAAAGGCUAUCAAAGUUACAUUGACAAAGGCUAUCUUGUAAUGAAAUGUCUCUGAAGUAUAUUCUAAAUGUUAUUUUCCCGUCUUGAACUUGAAAGUCUUUGUUUCCAUUUUCACUUACAUCCACUUCCUACACGAAGCUAAAGAAAGAAGAAUACUUUCUGUUUCUACUUGUAGUUAUGAUGCUUAUGUUAGACAAGUGAACAGUAAGUACAUGAGCGUUAGUGGAAGGAAGUAUAGAGGACUCAACACCUCACCUCUAUUUUCUGCUCUUAUUGAGAGGCAUAUGUCUCAUGGCUUCCUUCUUGACCUCUACAGUAUGUAUUCUGAGACACCUAUCAGUCUUAAAUCUCUGUGGGUGCCCUUUUUAACCAACCAGAGGAGUUCUAGAUAUUUGACUGUGAAGCAGAUUCCUAUUGAGCAGAUCCUAUCUACCUAGGAAAUUCCACUAUAACAUAAAUGUGUUUUCUAAAACAUUUAGGAUUUAAAAUGUAAUAAAAAUCAUGCUUGGAAAGGUUCAAUGACAUUAUUCCUAGUAUGUGUAGCCACAAAUGAUAAAUACGUGUCUUCAGAAAAGAUUCAGGGCUAUCUCAUACUAAAAAAACCUGGGAAUUGGAGGAGAUCAAAAGAAGGAAAACAGAACCUCAAUCACAACAGUAAAAUAGGUGUUUUGGGCUUUACAUCUGGUUUCUUACCAAAUUAGUGUUUUUCAGAUUGCAUACUGAAAUACAUGUGGGGCUGAGUAUGUUGUAGUCUAGAAAUGUGCAUGAACUGCAUGCUGACUCUGAGGCACACUUACAUCUGAAAACUGCCCCGGUGCAUAUGGAAUGUAAAUCCUGGUUUUCUCCCUAAUUCCCUGGUGCCACAGUUCUUCUCUAUUCUUUCUUCCCCCUAGAGGACAGAUGAAAAUACCUUGCAUAAAAUUAAGAUAAACCAAUUUUGAUGAAGAAAAAAUUGGAGAAUUCACAUUACCUGACUUCACUUUUACUAUAAAACUAGAGUAAUCAGGAUGGCAUGGUAAUGGCAGAGAGAUAGACACACAGAUCAGUGGAACAGAAGAUAGAACCUAGAAAUAGAUUCACAUAAAUAUGCCCAACUAAUUUUGACAAAAUCCAAAAGCAGUUUAAUGCAGAAAAGAUACACUUUUCAGCAAAUCAUGCUGCAGCCCUCAAAUGUCCAUAGGCAAAAAACAAAACAAAGCUCAGCUAACUCAUGCAUGCUGUAAAACUUACCUCAAAAUAUAUCAUUCAUUUAAAUGUAAGAUGUAAAGCUGUAACUUUUAGGGGAAAAAAGUCAUAGCAAAAAAGUCUUUAGGAGAUAAAUUAUUAGACUUCAACUCAAAAGUACAGUUCAUAAGAGAAAAAAGUUAUACAAUGGACUUUGUCAAAAUUUUAAAAAUUGCUCUGUAAAAAAAAUCUAAGAGGAAAAGACAAGCUACAGUUUUAAAUUAUUUGCAAACCAUAGAGUGUCUGAUCAAUGUGGAAAUACACAGUGAGAUCAAACUCCACAAUAAAAUAAAAUCCAAUUAGAAAAUGAGCUAAAGACAUGAAUGGACAUUUCACCAGAGAGGAUAUAUGGAUGGCAGGUAAUCACUUGAAAACAUACUGAACUUCAUGAGUCAUCAGGAAUUGCAAAGUAAAAUCACAGUGCAGUAUGAUUUAGCAGAAGGGCUAAUGCAAAAAGAGUGAAAACGUCAAAUGCUGUUGAAGGGGCAAACUAGAAUUUCUCAUAUGUUGAUUAUAAGAAUGUAAAAUGGUAUAGCCAGUCUGGAAGAGUUGGGAAAUUUCUUCUAAAAUUAAACAUACUAUAUAACCCAGAAAAUGCUCUUCUGGACAUUUAUCCCAGAGAAAUGAAAACCUUUGUGGGCACAGUAACUUGGACACAAGUUUUCAUAGUGGCUUUAUUCAAAACCUGUGAACAGUGCAGAUGUCCUGCAGCGGGUAACACAAGGAGUUCCUUUGUGCUUAUGGAGCAGUUUUUGAUCAUCAUAGUGGUGUUGAGCACGUGAAUUUAUACUUAAGCUGAACAAAUCAUCUGUACCCUCAAAUAUUGCCUUGCAAUGAAAAGGAACAGACUAUGAACACACACAAACUGAGAUGAACCUCAGGGGUGUUAAUAGUGAAUUGUAAAAGCAAUAUCAAAAGGUUACAUAUUGUAUGACCGCAUUUGUACAACAUUCUUAAAAUGUCAAAAUUAUAGAAACGAAGAACAGAUUAAUGAGUGCCAGGGAUGGGGACUGGAUGGGGUACGGCUUCUGUGUGACUCUUUAGGGAUGACACAAGGAGUUCCUCUGUGCUGAUGGAGCAGUUUUCUAAUCUUAAUUGUGGUGUUGAAUACAUGAAUUUACUGAUGCUAAAGCUGUGUGAUCUGUACACACAUAAAUGAAUGCAUGUAAAAUCUAGUGAAACUGAAUAAAGUCUGUAGUCUGCUAAACAGUA